CUCGCCAAAAUCCACCCGGAGAGGCUGAAAGUCGCUCUCUCGCAAAGCAGCCCGAUUAAUUAACGUCAUUCCCACCGAAGCUGGCCGUCCCGCUUCUCGGAAAGCACCCAAAAAGCGACAAACGCCAAUCCGAACUCACGACGGUCGCCCUCGGAACCGCAUCAUGAUACCUUGAUUCAAACCGAAUUUUUUUUCUUCACACGGAGUGGAUUCCACACACUAAAAAAGCACGGCUCAACUGCGCACAAUCGCACCGUAAUCGGGAUCGAACAAGUGCCACACCAUGGGCUUCACCACAGGAUUCACCGGCGGCGUGACCGUGACCCUCGGCGUAGCCUACCUCACAGUCCUCGCCCACCAACGCAACCGCGAAAGGCAAUCCCACAUCCUCCGCUCGCAGACCCACGUCCUCUCCUCCGCCCUCGAGCCCCAGCUUCGCACCCCCCCGCCCCUGACGCGCUCCGAGCAGGCCGUUCAGGACCGCGAGACCCUCGUCACGACCGCCAAGGACCGCUGGAACCGCGAGGUCGAGAACGCCGUCCGGUGGGCGCAGCGGACCGACUGGACCGAAGUGCGCGAGGGGCUCGAGAGCGCCGUCGCCAGGCUUUGGGUCGGCGCCAUCGACAAGGCCGGCGAGGCGGAACAGGCCGUCGAGAAGAGGGCGGUGCCGCUGGCACGGGAGGCGUCCGCAAAGGGCGCCGCGUUCGUCGAGGAGAAGGGCGAGGGCGUCCGGAGAGAGGCGCGUAGCGCAUGGGAGCGCGCGAAGGAAAAGAGCCUCGCCGCCGAGGAGACGGCGCGCGCCAAGGCAGCCGAGGCGAGGAAGUACGUCGACGACAAGGCAGCAGAGGCCAAGGCCGCCGUGGGCGAGGCCGUGGAGAAGGGCAAGCAGCAGGGCCAGGCGGUGCUCGUUGCGGCGCAGCAGGCGGCGGGCGUGGCCGAGGACAAGGUCAGCGUCAAGGCGGACGGCAAGGUGCUCCCCGCGGCAUCGCCGGUGCAGAGGGCGCUGCACCAGCGGUACGAGAAGCCGAGCGGGCUGACCAAGUCGGUCAAGGAGGCGCUCGCGGAGCGGUACCAGCCGGUCGACGACCGUGAUAACACGCAGCUGAGGGGUAUCUGAACCGGCCGUCGGACGACCGAGAGUGCGUCUUUUUCCUCCCUCGCGAGGAGAUGACGGGAGACGCAGGAAGACGCGAAUUUGUACUACCAGACUACUUAUAGAAUGCAGAGAAGAAAAAAACAGCAAGCCUCU